CGCCGGGCUCGACCCUGGAAACUCACAAUCCAGGCAAUUUCAAACCAACCUAACCUGAAGCCCCAGCCCCCAACCCUCCUGCCCGUCAGGAACAGAGUUUGGCUCUUCUGGGCCCCCACCUGAUAACAGCGUCCAACAUCUGGGCCGUCUGAUAAUGCUCCGCUUGGCAAGGACUUCGUGCCGAAUCCCGCCAUCAGCAAGGUUACUGCUGUUUAGUGGGGAGGGGGAGAGCUACAAGGCCGUGGUCAGGGGAAAGGGGGACUUGAAGCCCCUUCCCAGGACCCCCAUUCUGUCUGUUAUCCCCUCCUACAGGAAGGUAACUAAGAACAGACGCCCAAGUCUCUCUUUUUGUGGGGACUCGGUGCCUCACUUUACCCGACACCUGAACCCUCAACCUCCGAACCCCCAGCCCCUGAACACCUGACUUGGCUUUGCAUACGGGGUCAGUCCUUAAGGCCCAGCCCCUAAGGAGGCUGAGAUGAGGUCUGUUCCCCAGAAACGGUGACCCCCCGCCUUGCCUGCCUCUUAUCAGGGAUUGUAGCCAAUCAGCUGAGGGCAGAGAAGAGCCCUCCAAGGGGCCAUUGGUGUCUCAGAGCCCACGAGGCCACGGAGGGAGAGGAGGCCUGAGGCCCAGGGUGGGCACCAGCCGGCCAUGGCCGCAGCUGAGACCGCCUUGCCCUCCAUCAGCACGCUGACCACCCUGGGCCCCUUCCCGGACACACAGGAAGACUUUCUCAAGUGGUGGCGCUCUGAGGAGGUGCAGGACUUGGGUCCGGGUCCCCCGGAUCCCACCGGGCUGCCCCUCCACGUGAGGCCGGAGUCGCAGGACGCGCCCAGGGAGGACGAAGACGACGAGAGGGACUCGGCUACCUCCUGGGAUCUGGAUCUCCUUCUCACCAAUUUCCCGUGCCCGGAGCCGGGCGGCGCGCCCCAAACCUGCGCUUUGGCGCCGGGCGAGUGCUCCGCGGCGCAAUUCCCGCUUCCGCCCCCGCAGCUGCCGCCGCAGCCGCAGCCGCAGCCGCCGCCGCCGCCACCCGAGACUCUUGGCUCGUAUGUGGGCGGCUCGGGGCUGGUGGCUGGGUUCUUGGGUCCCGAGGAGCACCCGGGCUGGGCACGCCCGGCCCCCAGAGCCCCGGGCCCCGACGCCUUCGUGGGCUCCUCCCUGGGCCCGGUUCCCGAGCCCAAGGCACUGUCGCUGCAGCCGGUGUACCCGGGGCCAGGCGCGACCUCCUCCGGCAGCUACUUCUCGAGGACCGGGCUUUCGGUGCCCACGGCGCCAGGCGCCCCCUACGGGCUGCUGUCCGGGUACCCAGCGCUGUACCCGGUCCCGCAGUACCAAGGGCACUUCCAGCUCUUCCGCGGGCUCCCAGCGCCUGCUCCCGGCCCCACCGCACCCCCCUCUUUCCUGAGUUGUCUGGGACCCGGGACGGCGGGUGCGGGACUCCGGGGGACCGCAGGAGACCCAGGGGGGAUCGCGGAGGCCGCGCCAUCCAAACGCAGCCGGCGAUCGUGGGCGCGCAAGAGGCAGGCGGCGCACACAUGCACUCACCCGGGCUGUGGCAAGAGUUACACCAAGAGCUCACACCUGAAGGCUCAUCUGCGCACGCACACAGGAGAGAAGCCCUACGCCUGCACGUGGGACGGCUGUGGCUGGAGGUUCGCGCGCUCAGACGAACUGACCCGCCACUACCGGAAGCACACCGGACAGCGCCCCUUCCGGUGCCAGCUCUGCCCGCGCGCUUUUUCGCGCUCCGACCACCUGGCCUUGCACAUGAAGCGUCAUCUUUGAGCCCUGCCCCAACACUUGGACCUUCCUGGGGAUUGGGGAUGGAACAAGAGCAGAUCCACGCAGGGUGGUUUUCCUCGGAUGGACCCUCUCCCGGAUUCGCAGUCCCACAGAUCCACCCAAAGAUCAAGGACUGGCCCAUAGACAGACCUGUGGGAGCCUCCAGCCAAAACUCCCACACGUCCUCAGCCACAGGGAGCCACACAGAGACAUCCAGUGGUCACACAAACACAACGAGACAACCCUCCAAAUAAAUGGACUCUCAGACACUUCGGACAGAGAGACAGACCCUCAGAGAGCUGGACCCUCAGACCAGUUUACAAGACGCCCUGGGCAGUGGGAGUUGGGGGUUGUGGGGUGAGGCUUCCCAGAGACACUGGGCCUAGCAGGGGACUUCACAUCGUGACUAAUGAAGCUCUGCAUAGUGCCUGGAUCUGCUGUGAAUGGUUAUGGGUCCUGUACCAAUGCCCUUCCCAGAUAAAGGUUCAGCGUUGGCCUGA